GCCACUAGCAGCCAACCAGUCGGGCCCAAGUCCUCCGACUAGAAGCGAUUGGGGGCGAGUGAGCUCGGCCCCACAGGCUCUCGUCGGGGUCCCCCUAGCCUAGGCCCGAAGCGGUAUAUCCUGUCCUCCCUGGCCACCUCCUCCUCGUGGAAGCUGAGCUGCGGCCUCGCUGGAAAGCGGAGGCGAAAUGUAGCGAGCCGGGGGUCGCGGGUGGACGGUCUCCUUGGCUGGGGGUGUGGGAGGGCACUCCGGGGGUCGAGGAGGACUGCUGAGGAGGAGUGAUGAGAAGAGGGGGCACCCUGCACCCCCCGAGACCACGGGCUCCUGCUGCCACUCGUCAGGCACCCCCCUUCCUCCCCAGCGAGGGCCAGGUGUUCCACACAGAUUCUCCAGACUUUAAGAACCAGGGAUUUGAGGAGGUACGAGGUCUUCUCAGAAAGGAGGGAACUCUCUGGAGGAAAGGGGAAAAGCAGCAGACACUGCCCUGGGACCAGCAGAAUCCAAAGAGCUGCGGGAAGCCUGAGGAACCCAGCCUGAGGCAAGCGAAGGAGCUGCAGCCCCACAUCGGGGCUGUCUUCUGAACGAUUUGAACACAAGCUGUUUUUCUUGGAAGAAGGGCCACCUUAGAAGGCACCCCAGACUUGGCUGGGCUCUUCCAUCUGGAUGCCCCCUGCUCCCAGGAGCCUGCCUCUGUGAACCAAAGAAGAUAAGAGACCAGAUCAGUUUCUCCCCCCCCCCCACCCCCCACCCCCGAGCACAGCACUGGUGGCCGGAGCCAGCGUCUACACCCCUGGUGAUCAGCUACAGAGUCUGUUGGGGGCUUUUUUGUUUCCCUCCAGCCUGUGGCUCCAGUGCUUGAUGGGGCUGCCUGUUGCUAGAUCAGCUUUUGCAGUGCCUGGUAGGAGCAGAGAGCCGUGGGGAGAGGUCCCGCGGCGCCCAAGCCUGGGUUCACCCCAGGACUAAGUUCUUUCCCAAGUUAGAGAGGGAAAGCCAAAGCAAAAAAAGAAGAAAGUCCCCCUUCCCCUCCUCCCUUCCCGUCAUGUCCUCUAAACCAGAGCCGAAGGACGUCCACCAGCUGAAUGGAACUGGCCCCGCUGCCUCACCAUGCUCUUCAGAUGGCCCCGGAAGAGAGCCCUUGGCCGGGACCUCAGAGUUCCUGGGGCCCGAUGGGGCUGGGGUGGAGGUGGUGGUGACUGAGUCUCGGGCCAAUGCCAAGGGGGUUCGGGAAGAAGACGCCCUGCUGGAGAACGGGAGCCAGAGCAAUGAAAGCGACGACGUCAGCACGGACCGGGGCCCCGCACCCCCCUCCCCACUCAAGGAGACCUCCUUCUCCAUCGGGCUGCAGGUGUUGUUUCCCUUCCUCCUGGCAGGCUUCGGGACGGUGGCUGCAGGCAUGGUGCUGGACAUCGUGCAGCACUGGGAAGUGUUCCAGAAGGUGACAGAGGUCUUCAUCUUGGUACCUGCACUGCUGGGGCUUAAGGGGAACCUGGAAAUGACCCUGGCGUCGAGGCUGUCCACUGCAGCCAACAUCGGGCACAUGGAUACACCCAAGGAGCUCUGGCGGAUGAUCACCGGGAACAUGGCCCUCAUCCAGGUGCAGGCCACGGUGGUGGGUUUCCUGGCCUCCAUCGCAGCCGUCGUCUUUGGCUGGAUCCCCGACGGCCACUUCAGUAUCCCGCAUGCCUUCCUGCUCUGUGCCAGCAGCGUGGCCACGGCCUUCAUCGCCUCCCUGGUGCUGGGGAUGAUCAUGAUAGGAGUCAUCAUCGGCUCACGAAAGAUCGGGAUCAACCCAGACAACGUGGCCACACCCAUUGCCGCCAGCCUGGGCGACCUCAUCACCUUGGCGCUGCUCUCAGGCAUCAGCUGGGGCCUCUACCUGGAGCAGAACAACUGGCAAUACAUCUACCCCCUGGUGUGUGCCUUCUUCGUGACCCUGCUGCCUGUCUGGGUGGUCCUGGCCCGACGGAGCCCCGCCACCAGGGAGGUGUUAUAUUCGGGGUGGGAGCCUGUCAUUAUCGCCAUGGCCAUCAGCAGUGUGGGGGGCCUCAUCUUGGACAAGACUGUUUCAGACCCCAACUUUGCAGGGAUGGCUGUCUUCACGCCUGUGAUUAAUGGUGUCGGGGGCAACCUGGUGGCGGUGCAGGCCAGCCGCAUCUCCACCUUCCUCCACAUGAACGGCAUGCCCGGGGAGAACUCGGAGCAAGCCCCUCGACGCUGCCCCAGUCCUUGCACCACCUUCUUCAGUCCAGAUGUGAACUCGCGGUCGGCCCGGGUCCUCUUCCUCCUUGUGGUUCCAGGACACCUGGUGUUCCUUUACACCAUCAGCUGUAUGCAGGGCGGGCACACCACACUCACGCUCAUCUUCAUCGUCUUCUACAUGACAGCUGCACUGCUCCAGGUGCUGAUCCUCCUGUACAUUGCGGACUGGAUGGUGCAUUGGAUGUGGGGUCGGGGCCUGGACCCAGACAACUUCUCCAUCCCGUACUUGACAGCUCUGGGGGACCUGCUUGGCACCGGCCUCCUGGCACUCAGCUUCCACGUCCUCUGGCUCAUUGGGGACCGAGACACGGAUGUCGGGGACUAACCUGGUCACUCAACCUUCUGCCCACCCCUCUGCACUUUCCAUUUGAAUUUUUUCUUUUGCUCCCCAGCCCACUCCACGCUCCACACUCCUGCCUCUUUCUAGGACUUCACUCCAAUACCAAAUUCUCAUUAUUUUCAAUGGGAAUUUUUAUACAUGAGCCAAGUUUAUAUCAGCAAAAUUCAGGAAGGACAGAUGGACUGAGAUAAGCAGUACAAGUAGAUUUUUGAGACAAUCACCAAGUGCAAUUUCAUGGUGGGUGCCUCCAGUGACGUGGAUUGGGGUGGGGUUCCGUCUGGGAUCUGGGGACUCUGGUUUAGCUUUUGCAACCUUGGUCUUGGCCCUGAUGAGAACCCCUUUCUCUGUGGGCUCUGGUUUUUUAAAUUUUAUUUUGUUUUUUUCUUUUUGGUUGAACAGAGAGAUAAAUAUCACUCUACACUCCCUCCAUACUCACACACACACACACACACACACACACACACACACUUUUUGUAGAAAUGGACCAACUUCAAAACACUAGGCAGGAGAUAGCUGUGCCAGCCCAAGAAAAGAGCACAGUGCCUAGCCAGUCUGUGUACAUGCCCCUCCCCGUUUGUCUGAUGAAGGCCACCAGCCCCUCCCGCCAACCCUCUGCCACUUAACUGUCCCAGCCAGGGAGAAAUAAGCAGCGGCCUGGUCUUGCUGUUGGCCACGCCCAACCAUAGGUUUGCCAGAAUCCAUGUCCUCCCUGAGACCAGAUUCUUCGUUCCUGUCCAACCUUCAUCUUUUAUUUCCUCUGAGCACUACCUUCCCCAGAGCUUGCUGGCCUGGGUUCGAGAUCAGGGUUGGGGUAUGGGUAUGUGGAGGAUGGUUGGGAAGUUGAGGGCAACCAGGCAUUUUCAUCACUGCUGUGUCCCCUGAGGACCUAAUCGCGUGGUCCCCUUAGACGCUGUCAUGUGGUAAAAUGACCCAUCCCGCCAUGCCACGGAGGUUGGGCUUUCCUCUCUCGGCUCUUGCUCGCAGGCAUUCAACACUCAUUCCUUCACUCGUUCAGGAAAUCGCAGCCCCCUAAGGUGGGUUCUUCCGCAGGCGUGUUCUGAAGCCUUCACCGAGCAAUAUUUAUCCUGGUAUGUGCUGGGUACACUGCCAGGCGCCAGCUGGCCAGUGGUGUGGAAACACAGCUCCAACCUCACCUCAUUGCCCAAACGCCAGAUGAACAGCUCCUCUAACUAUGGCCCCUGUGUCUGCACCUGUGUUCCCAGUCGAGUUCUGUCUCCUUCUCCUCCUGGGUCCCACCUCUGCACCACUGGCCACAGCCAGAGCCACAAGCCCCAUUGCUCAACCAGUGUUCAUUUCCCUAAACCACCCUUCCUCUACUUCUCACCAACCCCCCAAAAAAGAAGUGGCAGGCUGGACAUCAACUGCUACUUCUCCUUUUCUCCACCAGAGCAAGACAACGGGUGGUGAAGCCUCCACAUCUGCCCCACGUGACUCUGAACAGACUGAAAAUGUGUCCACACAGACGUGGACGAAUUUGGGCAUUGAGAUGCAGGCUUGUUCUGUCCCCCUUGCAGCCUCUCAUACACCGCUCUGAAGCCCCAAAGGCCCCCGUUUGGCAAGGCACGGCCCCAUCUCUUCCCGACAACAUGCCUUAUCUGGGAGCGUGCCCCUACCUCCAGAGGCCGUCCUCCUCCCACCCUGUGGAGACUAGAACCUUAGCAUCGAAAGGGAGCCCAGGGGUUACCGAGUGGGUGGGGGAGCUGUGUCCCACAGAGCUCAUGAAUACCAGCGGUGUUUCUGCUCCCCUCGGGCUUUCCUUCAUCUUGUCCAAACACGUUUGCACAGACUCUUCUUGUACAUGCACCGAAACCAAACCCCCUGGCCCUGAGACUGACCCUGAAACCUCCAGUCACCCCUGCCCCAGUCACUCGCCCCUUAGCUCUGGAGUUCAGCCAGGCUGCCCUGGAGGACUCUGGAGCACCUCCUUUGCUGAAGGAGCAGCAAGAUGGGUGUGCCCCAAGUCCCCCCUGAGUGCAAGCCACAGAAGGACUGCGGGCAAGGGAAAGAAAAUGAAGGUGACUUUCCCACAAGAUUCAUUUCUUUUUCCCUGGUUGCACAAACUGCAUGUUCUGGCCUGGAGGAGGAGCGACACUGGUUUACUCCUGACCCCGUAAGAAGCUACAGAACUGUGUCUUAAGAGAAUUAUUUAUAGUUGCUAUAACUGAAUUGACAAAUGUCAACAUAACUGAUAAAUUAUAUUUGGUAAAAUAAAGCGGAUGUUUAUUUA